GCGGCGCGGGCGGGCCGGGGCUGAGGGACACUGUUUGCCAACACCUCAGCCGGAGUGUUUGUCCAGCCAGCCUGUGCGGCUCGCCGGCACCUCUGCCUUGCCCUCCCUUCCUUCCCCGACAGCUUCUGGCGGCCCAAGUGGACGUGGUGUUGCUUCGUCAGCCUCCGAGGCGAGCGCAGGGCCCUGCACCGGUUCACGAACAGCGUUUUGGACCGUAUCUUUGCUGCCAGGAACCAAGAGCCAGUUCGCUGAAUUAUCGUCCCAGUCACUAGGAUUGCUGCGAAUCUCUGGGAAGGUCUGCGGGUACGUCCACGUGCCAACGAGGCACACCUGGAAGCCAUUUUCAAGAACUUUUGUCACAGGUGUAAAAGACUCCAGGCCUGCAAAGAUGCUGAAACAGAUACUAUCAGAGAUGUACAUAGAUCCCGAUCUGCUGGCAGAGCUUAGCGAAGAACAGAAACAGAUCCUGUUCUUCAAGAUGAGGGAGGAACAGAUCCGCCGAUGGAAAGAAAGAGAAGCAGCAAUAGAAAAAAAAGAGUCCUUGCCAGUGACGUCCAGGCCAAAGAAAGAGAACAGCAAAUCUGUUCAUUGGAAACUGGGAGCCGAUAAGGAAGUCUGGGUCUGGGUGAUGGGCGAACACCAUCUAGACAAACCAUACGAUGUGAUCUGUAAUGAAAUUAUUGCUGAGAGGGCCCAGCUGAAAGCAGAGCGGGAAGCGGAAGAGCUCAGAAAAACUCAGUCCAAAGAAUUCGCCAAUAGCUUGAAAACGAAAUCACGAUAUUAUGAUCUGCAAGCACCAGCUACCCAGGAGACUCAGAAUAUCUAUAAGAAAGCAACAGAAGAGGAAGAAUUGGGGAAAGGCUCUAGACCAGCACCACUCCUUGAAGAAGAGAAAAUUCCAUCACUCUCCAGUUCCUCAAGAAAUAUUCAACAAAUGUUGGCAGAUUCUAUCAAUCGUAUGAAGGCAUAUGGAUUUCACCAGAAGAAAGAAUCCGUGAAGAAAACACAAGAUGAAGAACUAAAACAAAUAGAUGAGGAGAAAACCAAGCAGAUUUAUAAAAGCUGGAAAGAAGAUUCAGAGUGGCAGGCAUCUCUGCGAAAAUCCAAAGCAGCUGAUGAGAAGAGACGCUCUUUGGCUAAACAAGCGCGGGAAGACUACAAGAGGUUAUCCCUAGCGGCUGAAAAAGGAAGAAGCGGUGAGGGACCACAAAGCGCCCCAGGUGUUCCACAGAAACCAAAAAGACCCCCCCUUCCACCCAAGCCUCAUUUCCUAAACCUGGCGGGAUACCCUCGAAAGCCUCUUAGAAACCAGGGAAUGACCAGGAUGGCAUCCAACUCUGCCCAGGAGGACAUCAUUCGGUGGUUUAAAGAGGAGCAGCUACCACUGCGAGCGGGCUACCAGAGAACCUCAGACACCAUAGCUCCCUGGUUCCAUGGUAUUCUGACAUUAAAGAGAGCAAAUGAACUUCUGAGCACAUGCGUGCCGGGCAGUUUUCUGAUCCGUGUCAGUGAAAGGAUCAAAGGCUAUGCCCUGUCCUAUCUGUCUGAGGAUGGCUGUAAGCAUUUCCUCAUAGAUGCCUCUACGGACUCCUACAGCUUCCUGGGCGUGGACCGGCUGCGGCACACCACCCUGGCAGCGCUGGUGGACUAUCACAAGGAGGAACCCAUAACUUCCCUGGGGAAAGAGCUCCUUCUCUACCCCUGCGGUCAGCAGGACGAGCCGCCCGACUACCUGGAGCUCUUUGAGUGACAGCCUCCAUCGUGUCAUCCUGCUCCUUCCAGCUGGGCUUUCCUCUGGGUAAACGCUGCUCAACUAGGCCUUUGCGUGAGAAGCCAAAGUUAGCCUGCAGCAGAGCCAACACUGAUCAACGGUCAAGUGUCCUUGGAGCCCCGUGGAAAUCUCUCUUCUGCACAAAUGCUGGCAUUUAACGUUAAGAGAAAAUUACCUCUGCAUCCUAUUCACUCCAAAAGUAAAGGGAGAUGAUCCCCAAUUUCAGCAACUACAUGAAGGAUACAACCGUAAUGAUGUAUAUAAAAUGAACACAGAAGAAAUUGAAACCUUUUAGGAAUUAAGGCGUACUUCAAAAACCAGUAGCUCCUGUCAACUAUUUUAUGACCUCUCCGCUCCCUCUUUGCAUCAUUUCGCAAUGUCUCAGGAUGGUGUUUGUGUUUAAGUUCCAUGUUGGCCUUGGGGAACUGGCGGAAAAGGCUUCACUGGUGGUUGAACCAAUGCUGCAAACACACUUCCUUUAUUAUGCAUGUUGGAGCCAAGAUGUAAGGAAGAGACAUAGAAAAACAAACCUUGGGAAUGUGAAUCGAAUGAGGAGUUAAAACUGAGGAGGAGAGGCUUACCGUGGCAGGAAAUCCUCGGACGGUAGGGGAGUGAGCGAAGAGCUGUGAGCGUUUCCUCGUCCUGGAGGACAGCACGGGGCUCGCCCUGCGACCGUGGCUCGGUGGGAGAGCACACCACGAAGGGUGAGGCCCGCGCACUCGCCAGGUGCGGACAGACCAGCGCGGAGAGCGAGCCGUUGCAGGAGCGCUUGCUCUGGGUUGGAUGGUGUCCCCAGGAAGAUAGGUUGAAGUCCUAAACCCUGGUACCUGUGAAUGUGGCCUUAGUUGGGAAUAGGGUCUUUGCCGAUGUGAUCAAGUGAAGAUGAGUUGCUACUGGAUUCAGUGCACCCUCCAUCCAAGGACAGGCGUCCUUCUAAGGGGAGAGGGCUUGGGAAACAGAGACCCGCAGAGGUGAGGCGGCCCUGGGAAGCCAGGGAAUGCCAAGGAGUGCUGGCCACCCCCACAAGCCAGGGUCCUCCCUGGAGCCUUAGAGGGGAAUGUGGCCUUGCUGACACCUUGGUUUCAGACUUCGAGCCUCCAGAGCUGUAAGAGAAUAAAUUUGUGUUGUCUUAAGCCACUGAGUUUAUGGUCAUCCGUUACAGCCGCCCUCGCAAACUCAGAGGUUCGUGUCAUGACAGAACCUGAUGGGUGUUGUGUACCAUUUGUGGCUACACAGCCUACGCUCCUGAGAAGGAAGGAAGAGGGGAGAGGAGAGGAAGCUCCUCGCCGGCUCUGUUCCACUCUGGGAUGCAGGUUUGCUCAGGCAGGAAUCUUAUGCCCACUGCAUCCGCACCCCCCCCCGCCCCCGCCAGCAACUCUCGGGCCGGCCCGGCGAGGGGGACGCCUCUGGGCAGUGACCAAGAGUGCUCUGGGCCAGAGAGUCGUCCUCUGGGAAGAUGGAGGCUGGCUUGUACUCCAGGCCUAUCCCUGUCUCAGCAGUUUUUCAAAGGAGCAAACGUUGUGGCAGUUUAUUCAUGAGGUUGUUGGUUGUGUAACACACUCACAGACCCUGUAAAAUGUAACCGGAGAAGAGGGUGGGGUACGUGUGUGUAUGUGUGUGUAUGGGUGCAUGUGUGUGCUCUCAUGAGAAAGUUUUUAAACACCGAUCACUGUGAAGCGUUUCCUGAAAUGUCCCACGUGUUUCUAUAGUCUGAACGACAACUGUCAAUGAGACAUUUGUCCAAGACGACCUGUCUUUAGCUGUCAUUUCUAACUGUGAUUCAACAGCCAUGACAUUUUAGAAUUGCAAAGACCACACAGGACCCAUAUCUGCCCACCAUUAGCUCUCUGAACUCUAGUUUUCACUUCUAAUAAAAAAAGUAUUUUUUUAGUUGAGGUGUACUUGACAUUUAACAUUAAAUUCGUUUCAGGUAUACAACAUAAUGAUUUGACAUGUGAAAUGUUUGUGAAAUGAUCACCACUGUAAGUCUGUCAUCCAUCACCUUAAAAAGUCACGAAAUUUUUUUUCUUCUGAUAACUUUUAAGAUCUACCAAGUUGCUAAGAGCAACUUUUAAAUGUGCACUCUAGCAUUAUCCACUAUAGUCACCAUGCUGUACAUCCCCAUGACUUAUUUAUUUUAUAACUGCAAGUCUGUACCUCUUGACCCCCUUCACCCACUUUGCCCACCACCCCAACCCUCCUUCGCUAUGGCAACCACCAAUCUGUUCUCUGUAUCUGUGAGUUUGGCUUGGUUUAUUUGUUGUUUAGAUUGCACAUAUAAGUGAAACCAUAGGGUAUUUGUCUCUCUCUGACUUAUUUCACUUCACAUAACAACAUCAAGGUCCAUCCGUGUUGCAAAUGGCAAGAUCUCAUUCUUUUUUAUGGCCGAGUAAUAUUCCAUUGUGUGUGUGUGUGUGUGUGUGUGUGUGUAUAUAUAUAUAUAUAUAUAUAUAUACACAUAUAUAUAUAUAUAUAUAUCACCUCUUUUUAUCCAUUCAUCUGUUGAUGGACACCGAGGUUGCUUCCAUUAUCUUGGCUACUGUAAAUAAUGCUGCAGCGAACCUAGGCAUGCAUGUAUCUUUUCAAAUUGGUAUUUCUGUUUUCUUUGGAUAAAUACCCAGAAGUAGAAUUGCUGGGUCACAUGGUAGUUCUAUUUUAAUUAAAAGAAGGUGCUUUUACUAGCUGAUUUUUAUUAAUUUCAUCCAGUUCUGAAAUCUUAUGGUUCUGUAAUGAAUAGAAAAGUACCCUGUAGUCACUAAUCAUUAUGAAGACAUACGAUUCCAGCAUCACCCUCUGUCUAAAAUUAUUUUGGAGGAAAUAAGUACAGUCAUAUCCAGAUAUAAUGACACUAAGUAACAUCCUACUGUGGGAUGAUUUAGUAAACGGGAAAUGACCUGACUGAAUUAACCUAAUAGUACAAGGGGGAGCAGAUCUGAGUUCUGU